AUGGAUAAAUCAAAUCCAGGCCACGUCACAUACAGAGGGCAUGUGCAAGAUGCCGAUACGAAGAGCUUCCAAUCGGGGGAAGUCCCCCAUAUGGAUGAAGAGAUCGCGACCGAUCCUAUGUCGGCGCCCUUGAAGCGAAAGCUAAAGUCCAGACAUCUGCAGAUGAUUGCCAUUGGAGGCAUUAUCGGCCCCGGUCUACUGGUGAGCUCUGGAAAGGCAUUGCACGAUGGUGGGCCAGCAGGAUCUUUGAUCAGCUUUUCGCUGGUCGGCAUCAUCGUCUUCUUCGUUAUGCAAUCGCUUGGUGAGAUGGCUACCCUGAUCCCUGUCACCGGCUCAUUUACCGAGUAUGCCGAGCGCUUUAUUGAUGAUUCCCUUGCAUUUGCUCUGGGAUGGGCGUACUGGUACUUGUGGGUGACGGUUCUCGCAAAUGAAUAUAACGCGAUAUCACUCGUGAUUGGAUACUGGACAGAUGCUGUUCCCCAAUGGGGAUGGAUCUUAAUCUUCUGGGUGAUGUUCCUGGGCCUCUCAAACCUGGGGAUCUUGGCAUAUGGCGAGAUGGAAUUCUGGCUCUCCCUGAUCAAGGUGUUGGCGUUAAUCGUCUUUUUCAUUCUCGCGAUUAUCAUCAGCGCAGGAGGCAUUGGACCACGCGCUAUCGGCUUUAAGCAUUGGCAUGACCCUGGCGCCUUUGCAGACUCAAUCAAUGGAGUUGCGAAGACAUUCGUUGUUGCAGGCACGCUGUAUGCCGGCACUGAGAUGGUUGGUAUCACUGCUGGAGAAUCGGAUAAUCCUCAAAAGGCAGUUCCAAAGGCUAUCAGACAGGUCUUCUGGCGCAUCGUGAUUUUCUAUGUCGGUACUAUCUUCUUCAUUGGAAUGCUCAUCCCAUGGAACGACGAGAGACUUUUGGCUGCAUCGUCCAAGACGGCCAGCUCUCCCUUGACAAUCUCGCUGGAGGAUGCCGGAAUUCUCCCCGCCGCCCACCUCAUUAAUGCUCUCAUCGUGAUCAGUGUGAUCUCCGCCGGAAACAGCUCGCUUUAUGUGGCAUCCAGAACCCUAAUUUUCAUGGCUCGCAACAGAAAAGCACCGAAGUUCAUCGGCCGCACGAAUCGCCUCGGAGUACCAUGGGUUGGCUUAGUAUUCACAAAUAUCUUUGCAUGCAUCGUGUUCUUGGAGCAGUCUUCCAGUGCUGGAAGGGUUUACUCCGCACUAAUCACCCUUUCAGGAGUCGCUACGUUUAUCGUUUGGUCUGUGAUAGGAAUCGCACAUAUCCGAUUCCGCAAAGCACUGGUCGCGCAAGGCCAAGACCCAGCCAAGCUCCCAUUCAAAGCACUUUUCUACCCAUACGGUACCUAUCUGGCGUUGGCAGCCAAUGUCUUCCUCGUUUUCUUCCAAGGAUACACUUGCUUCCUGAAUCCUUUCAGCUCGACAGACUUUGUGAUCAACUAUAUCCUUCUCCCUGUAUUCUUGAUCUUUGUCGUGGGGUACAAAUUCUGGAACAAGACAAAGCUGGUCCGACUUGAAGAUAUGGACAUUUGGACUGGACGAAGAAAUCCCAUGGAGUUCGAAGAGCCCGAGGCAGACAAGGAGCGGACAUGGUGGUCGCGCAUUUAUUCUGUCGUCAUAGGAUAG